UUUAUAUACCUGGUUCAGACCUUACAGUUGACGAGGCUAUGGUCCGAUUUACAGGUCGAUCUCUUGAGACGACAACGAUUCCAACGAAACCUAUCCCAACUGGAUAAGAUCUGGAUCCUUGCCCAGUCUGGCUACUGUAUACGGUGGCUGUGGCACGUCCAUGGAAAGGGCCCAUACGCAUUAGUCCCCCAGGC